AUGGCAAAGAAAAACGCUCAAGAGUCUUACCAGAGGGUUCAGGAAGCCAAGGCAAGGUCUCGUGCCAGAUCUGGUGGUGCUAGGGCGGUUGUCUCUCCUCCUCCUCCUCCUCGGAACGUCGGGACUCCCUCCCAACCUAUUGUAAUUUCUUCCUCUGCUUCCUCUCUGCCACCCCCUUCUGUCCGACCUACUCCUGAACCAGAGCCGAAGAAGUGCAAGACCUUAGAUCGCGCAACCCAUCCCUCUCAACCUCCAUCUUCUUCCCCUCGCCCCAUCUACCAUCGCAGCAGCAGCACCGCCUCCGCCGCCGCGCCACCUUCACCGCCGGCGACUCGCCCUCACUCACCCUCAACCCCUCUUCCCUUCUCACCACUACCCGUUCUCUCUCUCCCUCUCACCCCUCUUAACCGCGCCGUGACCGAGCCCUCCGCCGCCGCCCCGUCUUCACAAAGCCUAUCGUUGCACCUCCCAUUGAUCCUCGGGUUUAGCAUCGAGGACGAUACUUAA